AUGUCGCAGGGUCUCCCUGCCGCUGGCAGCGUCCUACAGAGGAGCGUCGCAGCGCCGGGGAACCACAUGCAGCCACAGCCUGGCAGGCAAAGUCCUGAAGAUGAUGACAGGAAGGUCCGUCGGAGAGAAAAAAAUCGCGUGGCUGCUCAGAGAAGUCGGAAGAAGCAGACCCAGAAGGCCGACAAACUCCACGAGGAGUAUGAGUGUCUGGAGCAGGAGAACACAGUGCUGCGGAGGGAGAUUGGGAAGCUGACAGAGGAGCUGAAGCACUUGAGCGAGGAGCUGAAGGAGCAUGAGAAGAUGUGCCCGCUGCUUCUCUGUCCCAUAAACUUCGUGUCGGUGCCUCGGCCGGACCCUGUAGCUGGAUGCUUGCCCCGGUGA